AUGACAAUUGCAACAAUCAGAGGUUUUUGUGGCAAAGAGGAAAUUGAGAAGACAUUUUUGAGCGAAAGAAUGGAUGUACCAAUGGCACCAGGUUUGGGUUUGGUACUUGAUAAAGUGCAUUAUGAAAGAUAUGAUAAAUGGUACGAAAAGACACACGAAAAAUUGAACAAUUGGGGUGAAGAAAUUGAGGCGAAAGCAGAUGAAUUUCGGCAACAAUAUAUUUUGGAUGAAAUUUAUAGGCAGGAAUUCGCUACCCAAUCGUUAGUAUCUUUUUUUUUAGAAAUGUUUCUCAAUAAAAUGAUUUCAUGA